GUGCGCGUCUCCACUCUGCGCAGACUUCCUCGCACAGGGCUUCACCUGAGAGGACGUUUACGCACGCACGCACUCCGCGCACUCCGCUCCCGGGCCAGACCCUGCAGCGACGCGAGGAGGGAGAACUUUUGGCUUAUUUGGCCCCGUAACCUUUGGAAGUCCAGAGACCAGUCCAUCCAGUGAGAGAGAGGGAGACAGAGACAGGAUGGGACCGCUGCUCCUCUCCAUCGCCCUGUGUCUCAGCGCCGCUGUCCCGCAGCGUGUGGAAGCAGCAGAUGGUGAGGAACCAACUUCAGCAGGCCCUUGCCAUCCAAACCCUUGCCACAACAGAGGAGCAUGUGAGAUCAGUGAGACCUACAGGGGCGACACCUUCAUAGGAUACGUCUGCAAGUGUCCACCAGGGUUCAGUGGAGUUCACUGCCAACACAAUAUUAACGAAUGCGAGAGGGACCCAUGCAGGAACGGGGGCAUUUGCACGGAUCUGGUUGCCAACUAUUCCUGCGAGUGCCCGGGGGAGUACAUGGGGAGGAACUGUCAAUACAAAUGCUCUGGACCACUGGGCAUGGAGGGCGGGAUCAUCUCCAACCAGCAGAUAACAGCCUCCUCUACUCACCGCGCGCUCUUCGGCUUGCAGAAGUGGUACCCGUACUUCGCACGCCUCAACAAGAAGGGCCUGGUCAAUGCCUGGACCGCCGCCGAGAACGACAGGUGGCCGUGGAUCCAGAUAAACCUGCAGAGGAGAAUGAGGGUUACGGGCCUAAUUACCCAGGGUGCAAAGCGUAUCGGAAGCCCGGAGUACAUCAAGUCUUACAAAGUCGCCUACAGCGAUGACGGGAAGACCUGGAGAACAUACAAAGUCAAGGGCAAAGACGAGGAUAUGAUUUUCAGAGGAAAUGUUGAAAACAACGCUCCGGCGGCUAACUCCUUCACUCCUCCCAUCGAAGCCCAGUAUGUGCGCAUUUACCCCCAAGUCUGCAGGAGGCACUGUACCUUGCGCAUGGAGCUGCUCGGUUGCGAGCUUACAGGCUGUUCUGAGCCACUUGGAAUGAAGUCUGGCCACGUCCAGGACUACCAGGUCACGGCCUCCAGCAUCUUCAGGACGCUUAACAUGGACAUGUUCACUUGGGAGCCUGGCAAGGCUCGUUUGGACAAACAGGGCAAGGUCAAUGCUUGGACAGCUGGACGCAGUGACCAGUCUCAGUGGCUACAGGUGGACUUGCUCGUGCCAACCAAGGUCACAGGAGUCAUCACCCAGGGAGCUAAAGACUUUGGCCACGUCCAGUUUGUUGGCUCGUACAAAGUUGCGUACAGUAAUGACGGAGAGCGGUGGAGUGUCUAUCAAGAUGAGAAACAAGGGAAGGACAAGGUGUUCCAGGGGAACUUUGACAACGACACGCACAGAAAGAACGUGAUAGAGCCGCCCCUCUACGCUCGGCUCAUCCGGAUCCUCCCCUGGUCAUGGUACGGCAGAAUCACUCUGCGUGUGGAAGUCCUCGGAUGCACAGUGGAGGAGUGAGGUCCUGUCCUCCAUCCUUCUUGCCAUCGUUCCCUGCCCCUCAACAUACUGGGGUAUCUCGCCCAGUAUUUUAAAAAUAAACUGUGCAACCUGUAAAAAGAAAUCAAUUUCCAAUGGAUUUUUCAAGAAUACGUGUUUGGUUGUGGUGGGUUGCUGUUUGUUCUUUUGUACAAUGAUUUAAAACCUGCCCCUGAUCCACUUUUUUGUCUUUUUGUUCCUCCACUUUGAAACGUGAUCCUUGUCUUUUGCUUUCUGAAGAUUUACCAUCCUGUUGGGAAUGAACUUCUGUAAUAUAUAUGGCCGGGUUGGGGGGAAGGGCGGGGGUGGAGCCAGGAGAAGGGGGCCUCAC